UUAUCUUACUUUGGAUCGUUCUUUAUGUGUUGCAGUGUGACGACAUCGGGACUGAGGUCAUGGCAUUGAAGCUGGUCCAGAGACUCCCAGGAGGGAUUCUCACCGGUUCCAUCUUCCCGGCAGCCCGCCUGGUGUGCGCAGCCUGCCUGUGCGCAUCGGCAAGGCGCUGCAUCCUCACAGGGGGCUGCCGCCGGCUCCAGCUGUCCCGGGGCACCAGCAGCCUGACCGCCAUCGUCCGGGAGCCGUUUUUUGCGGGGCCGCACAGGGACAUGGCACCACAGUUCCGUCUCACCCAGCGGCAUGGACCUGCCGACGCUGACCAAGAGGAGAGCGACUUCCGCAGGCGUUUGAACUCCUGCUCGUCUUCGGCCAAGGUUUUCAAGCUGCUGCGCUCGUCGGUGGUGGUAUCGGAGGGCGCGGCCGCCGCCGCCCUCCACCGCGUGGCUGACCUGGAGCGGGAGCAGGGCGAGAGCCCCUGCCUGCGGGACCCCUCGGUGCUGGAGGACGACGCCGUCCGAGCCCUGUGCCUGCAGCUAGAGCGCGACUCGCGCCUUCUGUCCGAUUCCGCUCUGUUGUCUGCGCUUUCGGCGUGCACACGUCUCUACAUUGACCCCUGGAGCAGCCUGAUGGUGCGUCUGUUGUCGGAGAGCCAAGAGAGGCUGGAUGGCGGCGAUUUGAGCGUGGCCCAGCUAUGCACCCUGGGCCGGGCCACGUUGGCCGUGGAGGGCCCCGGGGGCGGCAUGCUGGCCGAAGUAAUGGCGCAAAUCCAAAAAGCGGGACCCUCGUGUUGGAGCUUAGAUGAGCUCAUGGCCGUUUACCAACUCCUGCGAGACGGUGCAGCCGUCGACGGGAAAUACCGCGACCUCCUGAAUGCCAUGCAUUCCCACGCCGUGACGGUGACCCCCUCCAUGGACGAGGCG